AUUUAUCUACUUUCUCUGCGCAGUCUCUUGUCCGUUCUCUCUCUCUCUCUCUCUCUCUCUCUCUCUUUCUCUCUGCCGGACGGAGCUUUGUGAAUCGAAGAGAGAGGGAAAAUGGCUGUUACGGUGAAGAAGAUGGCAUUAAUAGUUGCCCUUUUUGGUAUCUUAUCCUUCAUACUGGGAGUUAUUGCGGAAAAUAAAAAGCCAGCAGCUGGAACCCCAGUCACAGGAAAAGAUGUAGUAAUCUGCAAAUAUCAUUCUGAUCCAACAGUUGCUUUGGGGUAUCUGUCUUUUGCAUUUCUCCUAGUAUCGACAGUGGCUGGGCUGUUUUCAUUGUUUUAUCCCUACAAAGGAAAGUCCGUUCCACAAUCUGCUUUGUUCAGGAGCGGUAGUUUUGUUGUUUUCUUCAACAUCGCUUUGUUCACAGCGGGACUAGCUGCCGCGCUCCUGCUAUGGCCUACACUCACAGAGCAACUCCACAUCUUACACAACGUCCACCGCAAUCUUAACACGGAGUGCCCUACUGCCAAGACUGGGCUCCUCGGCGGCGGCGCGUUCAUGUCCCUUGAUGCCUCGCUCUUCUGGUUGGUUGCCCUGAUGUUGGCGGACAAUGCCCGAGAGGACUACUUUGAUGAGGCGGAAAAGGAUCCUAAGGGUGAAUAUGGUCAGAUCACAAUUAGUGAACUUGAGGGGAAUGGGACUGCAAAAGUGACUGCAUAAGCUACUAUAUAAUAGAUAAGGAUAAGUGUAAAAACUUGGUUUAUUUUCUUUCCUUUCUGCUUUUGAAAUAUGAAUCUGGCUAUUAAAAAAAAAAACCUUGAUAAUGCCGUCGGUUAUUUUCCUCGCGUUUAUCGUCCUAUGCAUGCGGUGAAGAACUACAUUAUAAGUCUCAUAUGUAUGUAUGUAUGUAUUAUAAUUAGUUUAAAACAUGUAGUAAUGAUCUAUAACAUUACUCUUAUCACUUUUGUAUUUUAUCCUUUUUGUCACAUUAAAAACAAAGAAAAAGCUUUUGUUGUCCAA